GUAGCACAUAAUAUCAAUUCACUUGUCAACAUUGGAAAUAUGUUUAAUUUUUAUUAAUUCUUUGUGUAUAUCGACGAAAAGGAAUACAGAAUAGUAAGACGAUGAAUAAAAAUCAAAACUUUACAGUAAAACAAGAAGGGAAAGGAUUAUAUUCCAGCUGUCAAGAGAAAGCUUCAGAUGAAAACUAUGGCACAAUGUCUCAAGAAGAAAUGUACAUGACACCAACUGGACAGAUUUUUUCACCAUCUGCAGCAUUUUCUAUCGGAAUGUAUCCACACAAGGACUCAAUGGAGGACACUGUUAUUAGAAGAACUAGGUCACUGAUACCUCAUUCUGUCAAAUGUCAAAUUAUACAACUAGCCCAGGACAAUCCAAGAAUCACACAAGGAGAGAUUGCACAAAUGUUUGGUAUAGACAGAACAACUGUAUCCAAAAUACUAAAACGAAGACAUGAAUUUUUGGAGGAAUCAAAACAUACCACAGACUCAUGUUCACCACCAAAAAUAAGCAAAUCUGACACUGUGGUAAAUGACACUUUAUGUAAGUUUAUAAAUCUAUGGUAUAUAGAAGCCAAAAAGAAAAAUGAACGAGUAACACAGUCCAUGGUAAAAGAUAUGGCACAAAGCAUAGCAAAAAGUUAUGGAGUUUCUCAUCUGUCAGCUGAUAGCAAAUGGUUUGAGGAAUUCUUUGUAAAGCACAAUAUCAAAGAAUCUGACAUAGAAGAUCUGGUGGUAAAGAAAGAAGAUCCCAGUUCCAGUGAUGAACUUAUUCUCAUAGAGCCACCAUAUCAGUCUGUCAUUGAUUUCCGAGAAUCACCACCAAGAGUAGCCAGUUUUGGUAAGAGACCAGGAAACAGAGCUUCUCACACUGCCACAUCACAUUCACAGUAUGGCCAAAACAGACAGUCUGUUUCAACAAGUCCUACAUCUACUGUUACUAGUUCAGCCUCCCGACUGGGAACAGGAAAUAAAAUACCCAGGGUUCAAACAGAGACUGCAGACACCACAAGAGAUGAUUUAUUAGAUACCAGAAAGGAAAUAGAGGAACUGGAAACAAAUGAAGCAAUAAGAAGGGAAAUGGGAAAUCUAGACAAAUUCAGAGAACAACAGAAGGUGAUGGAGGAAGUAAACAAGCAAAGAAAAGCAUUGUUAUCUAAAACUUUGUCUGAAAGGCAAAAAAAAGCACAAGAGGAAGCAAGAAAACUGGCACAUAUACAGAGAGAAUUGAUGAUCUUAGAUAACCUGUUAACAGCAGAUGUUAAUGUGAUAAGAAGUCGUAUUGAAAUUGCCAGCAGGGAGUUUCUGGAUGCACAAAAAAGAUAUGAAAGAGCAGAAAAAGAGUUUGUGGAUGCUAAAGUUGAUCUUCAGAAGAAAUCUGAACAGAAAGAAUCGUUGACAGAACAUCUUUACACAAUUAUACAUCAAAAUGAACUUAGAAAGUCUAAUAAAUUAUCAGAACUGAUGAAGGAACUAGAAAUGGAACAAAAUAAUGAAUCUCAGGUUCUCCCCACUUUACCCCCUCUGUCGUCAUUUAAUACAAUGUCAUCCGGAGAUACCAUACACUCCCCAAAGUCACCCCCACAUUCAACAACUACAACAAACCAACCAUCGGAAAAUGUGAAUCAAGACCAAGUAGGUUCAACAAAUCUUUCUUCACAAAAUGUGAAUCUGUCUGCAGCAACUGAAAAUGUGAAUACAUUGAAAGAUGUGAAGGAAGGGGAAAAUGUACAAUCUAGUCAUGAAAAUCUGGAGCAAAACUUUCAGAGUGACAAAAAAACUGUUGAUGUUUUGAUAAACAAUGAAAAAGUGAAUGAAAGACAGACUGCACAGUGCUUACCUACAAAUGAACUGUCAGAAAAAGAACAUGAGAAGGAUAAAAGUGCAAUAUUGACAACCAAUGAAAAAAUUCAGAGUAUUGAUACUACAAUAAACCUUACUGAUUCUUCUGAAGACUCAGGUAAAAAUACUGCCCAGAAUCUCAUAUCUAUAUCACCUAUAAAUAUUGGUGGUGUGACUGACAGUCAAAACAGUGAAGACUUACCUGGUACCUGGUCAUUAGAUGUUGUACAAAAAGACAAUGGGCAUUGAAACCUGGUAUCAGGUCAUUAGAUGUUGUAAGGGCAUUGAAAUGUAAUCAUUAUUUAGGUUGUUUUAUUGCUGGUUAUUUGUAAAACAAAUAGAGGAUUUGAUAACUGCUAUUAUAAUUUGUAAAAUAGAAUGGAUACUUUAUUAGCAAAUUGUAUAAAUGAAUUCUUAGUUGGAAUUGUCUCUUGAUCAUGAAAACUCAUUUACCAGAUAAAGGAUUUAUUUACAAUCACAUUUGUAAAGAAGUAUGAUUUGUCCACCGACAGUUUUUUAAGGGCUCUGAUACAAUAUUUUAAUUAAAAUUCUAUAAGAUUGAUCUUUGACAAAUGAGUUAAAAAAAAAACACAUGCUAAUGGUAGCCAGACUAACCCUAAUUAUUGAGAUCCAGACAAAGAGGUUCAAACUAGACAAUUUUCUUUGUUAGUUGAAGCAGUUGAUUGUCAAGUUAGAAUUAAAGGUACAAAAGUAUAUUGGGUGAAUGUGCACUGGAAGUGUGUUUCACUGUGAUACAUUACACUUCACAGAGUGUUGUAGCUUGUUUUAUAAUGUUCUUUGCAUUUCUGAGGGCAUUUUAUUUUCUGAACAAAGAAUUUGAUAUAC